AUGGCUCAAGCUCAAUUGCCUGCCACAAAUGGCAGCUCACUAACCCAUCGAGAUAAACGAGAUCCCGAUUCAUUCAAGCUAAAGUUUUGCACCGUUUGCGCAAGCAACCAGAACAGGUCGAUGGAAUCGCACUUGAGACUUGCAUCCGCCAAUUAUCCAGUCAUAUCGUUUGGAACUGGAUCGUUGGUUCGUCUCCCUGGACCUUCCAUCACACAACCAAAUGUCUAUCAAUUCAACAAGACAUCGUAUGACAGCAUGUACAAAGAACUUGAAGCCAAAGAUCCUCGCCUGUAUCGUGCUAAUGGUCUGCUUAAUAUGCUUGAUAGAAACCGAAAUGUCAAGUGGGGUCCAGAGAGAUGGCAAGAUUGGCAAGUGGGUGUUCCCAGACUUGAGCAUUCUAAAGAUCGCGGAAGUGAGGGGAUUGAGGGAGGGGUCGUGGAUAUAGUCAUAACCUGCGAGGAGAGAUGUUGGGAUGCCGUAGUUGAUGACCUACUUGCUCGCGGCUCUCCUCUCAAUCGACCCGUACAUGUUAUAAAUGUGGAUAUCAAAGAUAACCACGAGGAGGCACUUGUUGGCGGUCGAGGAAUUCUGGACCUCGCUGACUCACUCAACGAAGCUGCUAUCAAAGAACGAACGUUAAACCCGACUGGAUUUGAUACCGGAAACCCGUCAAGUAGGUCUGGAUUUGACGAGCUUGUCCCUACAAUUAUCGGUGAGUGGCAAGAAAGAUGGCCUAACCUACCGGCUGUAUGGACUUUAGCCUGGUUUUAA